AUGUCGAUCAUUCAAGUGGAAGAUCUCGUCUCUUAUCAGUUGAGAUCAAAUUAUUUAAACUCAAUCGCAGAUGGCGUUGGAGAGCGACUUAUCACGAUUAACGAUGGGUUUUUAAAUACUGCUGGAUUCAAAGCUGCUGGAUGGCGUACGAAUGCCGCAAAUAUAAAACGAACACAUUCCCCACCAAUACCAACGGCUAUCGCAUCAGAAUACUUUCAAGCACCACCUAGAUCAGCUGGUCUGGCACCUUCUGGUCUUGAGGAUGACAUUGAUGAAGGGGGUUUGCUCACAGGAGGAGCAGGGGAUACUGUUGGGCCAGGAAUCGCCACGAAAAGGAGGCGCAGGCGAGAACAAAUGGAGGAGGAAGAUAGUAGUGAUUUGAGUGAUGAUAGUGAUGAUGAUGGAGAUCAAAGGGCAGCUCAACAAAUCAAAUUCUCGAAAAUGCCUAUACGAAAUCGUUCUGGUUCUUCUCCCAUUCGUGGAUCCAAUCUUCGACAAUCUACUACUGCAAAUUCCCCAUCACGUACUCUCGGACCUGGCAUAAGGAGAGGCUCUCAAUCUGCCGUGGAGGUUGUGAAAGAAAGAGCGAGAAGGGAUACAGUUACGAGUAGUGAGAUGUCAUCUGAUAAUGAGUUUGAUGCAUCUGCCUUUCAAAGACAGAGAGAAUCAAAUAGGAAUGCUGCGAGAGCCGGUAGAUCGGUUCGAACUCAUCCAUCUGAUCCUGAUGUCGGCGUAAAGAGACAAGUGAGUGAUCUCUUAGAAGAAGAGGAAGAAGAUGAAGACUCGGGAUCAGAUAUGUCUUCAGCAUUCGGUGGUAGUAUCGAUAGUGCAUCUAUAUUAGAUAGUGUUGAUGGACCAAUAACUGCCGCGCCAGAGCAUAUUGGUAAUACUAUACCUCGAGAACUUAUACGAUCACCAACGAAAAGAUCAAAGCCAGCGCCUCCAGUACUUCAAGCCUUACCACCUCCUCGUCCUAUUAGUACGAUACAACCUAAGAGUUUGUUGUCAGCAAUGAUUUCGGCCAAGCGAACGAAAGCCGCCAUGCCAUUCGAAAGUUUUGCUUCUCUUUCUGGACAAGGAGAUCCUAAUCCUAUCAAUAUUCGUAUCUUGGCACCAUUUGCUACUUCAACGACGAAGCCUUACGAGGUUUUGAUUAGGAGAACAGUUCAUGAAGAUGAAUCACACAAUCGACCAGUAGUCAUAACUGACCUGAUCGGAUUAAGUCUAUGGAGGUACUUUGAGGAAAAGUUAGAGCCUACGAUACCGCCUGAGAAAUUGAAUGUUAAUCGAUGGAUUUUACGAAUGGUUGAUGACGGGGAGGUAGAUACAGAUUUUCCCCCUCUUGAUCGUCUCAAACCCGUAACAUCAUUUACAUUCGCCAACAAUCGAGCUGCACCUAGAGCGAGAUCAAAUUCCAAAACUUUUGAUGAGUUUGCUCUGGUUGAAGCGACCGACGAACAAUUCGAAGAAAAUCAACAACUCACUCCUCAAUUCAAACAAGAAGCUGUUGCCUCAUCUGAAGCGGAGGAAGAGUUCACUCCUAUCAAUACACCUAAACCCAGUAACUCAUUUCCACUUGGUACCCAGCCUCAUCAAAAUCCUCUCCUUACAACUAUGACAGCAUUACGAAAGAAUUCUACAUUAGCAGAUGCACCUACGAUUGGGACAGCUCUUACUCAACCCACUUCAAGGGGCAGUGGUACUAAAAAGAUAUUGAGUAUUCAUAUUCAUUCAAAUAAUGCUACACCUGGACAACUGGUCGCUUUAGAAGUCACAACCGAUACUUACUUGGCCGAUGUACUCGAUACUGUUUGUAAGAAGAGACAAUUAGACAAAGCAGGACACGUUCUCAAACUUACUGGAUCCGGAACUGUUGUUUACCUUGAUCGUACAGUUGGAUCAAUUGGUAAUUCAUCAGAACUAGAUUUGUAUCGACGUCGUUUUGCUACUGAUGGACCAUUAACUAUGACUGGUUCACCAUCAAGUAGUACACCCAAUUCAUUAAUGAUAGAUCGAGCCGAUCCUCGAAAAACUCGCAAGGGAAAUCAAAUGUUAGUACCUCAUCCUCUUAUGGAGAGUGUCAAACAAGAUGAACUUGGAUGUGCCAAUUAUCGAAGGUAUAUAGUAUGGAGAAAACAACCAAUGAGAUUUGUGGGAAUGAAUGAAAGGGUUAUUUCGAUAGAUGGAGAAUAUUUACAUAUUCUUCCUGCAUCUACAGGAAAGACAAUGUUUGAAGGACAAGGCAAAACAACCACGGUUCAUUUUAGUAACGUGGUUGGUUGUAAAGUGACACGAAGACAUCCAACGAAUUUUAAGCUUGUUGUAUACAAAUCACGAGAGGAGAAACGAUAUGAUUUUGAGGCCAAGAGUGCAGAUGAAGCAGCCGAGAUUGUGUAUGAGAUUAAGAAGGGAAUUGCCCCAUAUCAAACAAAUAAUUAA